UACCACCCGCUGGCCACCGUCCUCUCUGCUGCGGGUCUUCAUGACUCUCUCAAACUUUUUUCAGCAGUGGGAUAUGAAACACCAGAAGUCCAAGGAUUAAAACUGCUCCAUUAGGAUUACUAUCCUGUUACUGAAGCUUUAUUUAUUUUUUUGUCUUUAUUGGAUGUUAACGAGGACUCUGUCCAUGUCUUCUGUUGGAUGAUGGCUCCAGCAGUCUCCAUCCUUCCACUGUUGGGGUUUAUUCUGGAAAUCAGUUGUGUGGCUGCCAUCGAUUUGCGGUUUAUGCCUGAUCCUCCGACACUCAACAUCUACGGCAUCCAGAGGAUGAACAAAUCUGACAACCUGGAGCUGACCUGCAGAGGAAGGCAGUUCCUGAGGUGGACGACCCCUCCAAUUAGCACUCGCUUCUCCACCAGUGACUGCAGUGGAUCAGGACUCUUCUGCACGACGCUGCGGAUCACCAACGCCACCGUCAAUGAGACGGGACAGUACCAGUGCUCCUACAAAGACCUGAGAGUGGAGGAUGGGAAGACGUCAGGAUCGGUUUACGUGUUUGUUAACGAUUAUAAGACUCCGUUUGUCCCGCCUGAGAAAGAACACGAGGUUGUGUUCAUCCAGGAAGGAGUGAAGGUGGUGAUCCCCUGCAGAGGCUCGGUGGAGAAUCUCAACGUCACACUACACGCUAAGUAUCCAAAUAAGGAGCUGCAUCCAGACGGGAAGGAUUCUCUGUGGGACGCUCGGACGGGAUUCACCGUUCCCAGUCACCUGAUCAGCUACGCCGGCGUCGUCUUCUGCCAAACCCAGAUUGGAAAUGAGACAUUUAAGUCCCCUCUCUACAUCCUCGCCGUUGUUGGAUACAAGAUCUAUGACCUCACCCUGACCCCGCCCCAGCUCCAGCUGUGUGAGGGGGAGCGUCUGGAGAUCAACUGUACUGCUCAUACCGAGCUCAACGUCGGCAUCGAGUUCAACUGGACGCACUCCGGCCAGGCCUUGAACUCUGUGAAUGGCUCAAAGCUGACCCACACUAAAUCCCAUAAGAAAAAGCUGUGGAACGCUCUGGAGCUUUCUAACACUCUGGUCGUGGAAAACGUGACGGUGGACCACACAGGAGAUUACACCUGUACGGCAUCCAGUGGGAAGAUGGAAAAAAGCGCAGUGGCGUACCUGAAAGUGUACGAAAAACCCUUUAUUGAUAUAAGGGAGCCAUCAUCGAAGGUUUUGGAGGUAAAUGUGGGAUAUCAAACAUCCGCCGAGAUCCCUGUCAGAUACUCGGCAUACCCGAAGCCUGACUUUGAAUGGUUGAAAAACGGCCUUCCACUGAAGGAUGACUACAGGAUAAAGCAAAGGAGUGACAUCCUUCUCAUCCGUGUAGUCGCAGAAACAGAUGCAGGGAAUUACACCGUCAUUCUGUUCAAUAAGAACACAAAAGAAGAGCGGAGACAAUCCUUCCAGCUGAUCGUAAAUGUUCCUCCUCACAUCAUCGAGAAAGAGGUGGCGGUGGACACUGAUGUAUACCCCUAUGGUAGCAGUCCCACGCUGAGGUGCACUGCUCGUGGAUUCCCAACACCGGCAUACAUUCAGUGGCAGUGGAUGUCCAAAGAGGACUGUCCUGAGGCCUUCAUGUCGGGGUUGAUAAAGUCAGAGAAGAAGAUCGCCGAAUGUAAAGGUUGGAGGGAUAUCAGAAACAGCAACGGCAGCCAUCCUGUAGGACGAAUCACGAUGGACUCUGAUCAUCGCCAAAAGAAAAUCGUGAGCUCUUUGAAGAUCCAGAAAGCCGAGGCUCACACUCUCUACAGAUGCACGGCUGCAAACAAAGUAGGAGAGGACUCGCGCGUCAUCUUCUUCCACGUCACACGCGGUCUGGAGGUGAACGUCUUUCCUUCCAAUGAGCCUUUAGAGGAAGAAGACGUGGUUCUGCGGUGUAAAGCAGACAGGCUUCUGUAUGGGAACCUCGCCUGGUUCCGCGUCACGAAUGUCUCAGCGUCAGAGCCGGUCCCGUCGGUGCAGCCGUGUCGCUCCCUGACGCUGCCGGGGAAGCCUCUGCAGCACACCGUGCUCACCAGCCCAAGAGGAAUCAACGUAACACUGGAGCUCAGACUGCCCAACGCUUCACAGAGAGACCAGGGUCUGUACGCCUGCCAGGUGGAGAACAUCAAGACUAAGGAGAGAACCUGCCUGCUCAAGCACAUUUCCCUUAAAGGUCUUGAAGCAGCAGGAAUCCUGAAUAAUUUAACUGAUCAGAGAGCUAACGUGAGCUCGACUGUCUCUCUGCUCUGUGAUGCUACUGGGUUGCCAACACCGACGGUGGUGUGGACCAAAAACAACCAGACUGUGGUGAAUGGCUCAGGUGUGAUUCUGAGCCGGAAUAACAACAUCUUGACGAUUACGCGAGUGAAGAAGGAGGACAGCGGUCUGUACGUGUGCACGGCCUGUAACAGUCGAGGAUGUGAGACAUCACAGGCCUCUCUGAUCACUGAAGGAGCAGAGGAAAAGACAAAUGUGGAGCUGAUUGUUCCCAUCGGGUCGGUGGUCAUCGCCAUGUUUUUCUGGUUGCUGAUCGUCUUCGUCAUCCGUGGAAGAAAGAGGCCAAACGGGGGCGAUCUGAAGACGGGCUACCUCUCCAUGAUCCUGGACUCAGAGGACAUGCCCAUGGACGAGCAGUGUGAGAGGCUAACAUACGACGCUAACAAGUGGGAGUUCCCUAGAGACAGGCUGAAGCUAGGUGACCCACUGGGACGAGGAGCGUUCGGUCAGGUGGUUGAAGCAGCCGCCUUUGGCAUCGAGAAAGCCACAACAUGCACCACUGUCGCUGUAAAGAUGCUAAAGGAGGGCGCUACGUCCAGUGAGUAUCGCGCCCUGAUGUCAGAGCUGAAAAUUCUCAUUCAUAUUGGACAUCACCUGAACGUGGUCAACCUGCUGGGAGCGUGCACAAAGCCUGGAGGGCCACUGAUGGUCAUAGUGGAGUACUGUAAACAUGGAAACCUCUCCAGCUACCUGAAGAGCAAACGUGGAGAGUACAGCCCCUACAAGAGGAAACGGGUGGACAGUCAGAAGUGGAUGUCUGUAGAGGAGGAUGUGACUGAAGGCGAUCUGGGUUUAGGAAAGAUCGCUCAGCUGGACAUCUGCACAGGAACCGCCAUCUGUUCCAUAGCUGGAGAUGGAGCAUCGGGCAGCAUGGACACUGGGGAAGAGAGCUGUGACGAUGACCAUCUGACCAUGGAAGACCUCAUCAGCUACAGCUUCCAGGUGGCCAAAGGCAUGGAGUUCCUGUCCUCCCGCAAGUGUAUCCACAGAGAUCUAGCAGCCAGAAACAUCCUGCUCUCAGAGAACAAUGUGGUGAAGAUCUGUGACUUUGGCCUGGCCAGAGACGUCUACAAAGAUCCAGACUAUGUCCGCAAGGGAGAUGCUCGACUUCCUCUGAAGUGGAUGGCUCCUGAGACGAUCUUUGACCGGGUCUACACCACACAGAGUGACGUCUGGUCGUUUGGGGUGCUCCUCUGGGAGAUCUUCUCUCUGGGAGCGUCUCCGUAUCCUGGUGUCUGUAUCGACGAAUCUUUCUGCAGGAGGCUGAAGGAGGGAACCCGGAUGAGGCCGCCUGAAUACGCCACCUCUGAAAUAUAUCAAACAAUGCUGGACUGCUGGCUAGAUCGUCCUACGGACCGGCCAACGUUUGCAGAGCUGGUGGAACAUCUGGGCGAUCUGCUGCAGGCCAGUGCUCAGCAGGUUGGGAAAGACUACAUCCCUCUGACAGCAGGAGGGGAGGCAGAAGGGUCCACGGUGGUCUCUGACCCCAGGAGGCUGUACAGCAGGCCUCAGAGCGGGGAAAUCCUGGAAGCCCAACUUCACUAUGACAACCCGUCAUCCCUCAGACUGACCCAGCAGAGCGAGCGCUGCAGCCGGCCGCUCAGCGUGAAGACGUUUGAGGACAUCCCUGUGGCCGUCAGCAGUGUCAUGGAGGGUCACACUGACAGCGGUAUGGGCUUCUUAUCAGUGGAGGGGAAGGGUCUGAAUCAACAGCUGUCAACUACGCCCAACUUCAGUCAGCUGCUGCGCAGUAAGAGUAAAGAGUCGCUGGCUUCGGAGUCAUCCAAUCAGACGAGCGGAUACCAGUCAGGUUACCACUCCGAUGACACCGACACCCCGAUCUACGCUAAUGAGGAGGUGAUCAUGAAGCACAACAAGCUGAAGAAACCUCCGCUGCCAAAAACACCAGACAAAUUCAACGUGGAGAUUCGCUACAGCACGCCGCCUGUCUGACCCACAAUCCCUCAGUCAUCUCAUGUACAGUAUCUGUUUAUUUAGGAAGAAUCACAGCACAGGCCACAGAGCUUUGGUCACCUGAUUUUCUACUGGAAAAAGGGCUAUUCCCAGUAUUUUUCACUGAAGCCCUAUUUUUAUAUAUUAUUUUGUCUUAAUGAGUAACAGGUUCAAAAGGAUUUGCUUAAGUUGUUAGCCACAAACAAUGGCUGCAACAGAUCUUUGGCACAGAUAUGCCUGAUAAAUUUAAGUCCUUAUUUCUGCCACUAAUGAUCUGAAUGUUUAUUCUAAAUUUCUAAAAACCCCAGAAAAAGAAUUUCAGUGACACUUCCUAUGAACCGACCUCUUAUAAUGCAUUAUAAGAACUUUAAUAAUGCGUUAUAAAUGUAUUUGAAAUGGAUUAAAACAGCUGUUAUUAGUGAUUAUAAGCUGUUAGAAAGUAUAAUGCAUUUUAACUUAACUAGUAACAGACUAGAGUGUCUUAUAAAUUCUGGGUUUCAUAAUGCAUGAUAAAUUCCCCCAACUUUAAUCCGUUAUAAAUGUUCAUGGAAACUGAUUCAAUUGAUCACUAGCACAGUCAUGAUUUCUAUGACUCUCACAUUGAUUAAGGCAUUAUCAAUACCUAUAACAUGCUAAAGCAUGACUUUGGUGGAGGUAAAGUGGCAGCACAAUAUGAGGUUAUUACCUCCGCCAAGGAGGUUAUGUGAUCGGGUGGAUUUGUGCGUUUGUUUGUGUGUUAGUAAAUUUGUUUGUUUGUUUGUUAGCAACAUAACUCAAAAAGUUGCGGGUGGAUUUUGAUGAAAUU